AUGGCCAGCAUCUCCCUUCGCAGGUUCAUCCGGUGGCUGCCGGACGAGGCGAGCGAACCAACAUCUACACUGGUUUUGACGUCUCCCGAAAAGAGGUUUGUCGAUGUACGAGUGACGUUGGCAGAUGGCAGUGAUUCUCUGGCUGCCUCCGAAGAGAUUCUCCCCUUGAGUCGUCUAGACUGGGCCAUGGCGGGGACGUCUUCAUCGACUGUCCUCGGUGAGGGACACUCGCUUUCUCGCUGGAGACACUGGAUCGAUUCUCGGUCAUUGGAUGCGCCUCCUGAUGAGGGCCACAUGUAUGCCCAGCCGGAUGGAUUGAGCACCCUUGAGAAAGGGCAGAUGGUGAACCCUACCACGGGGAAGGAUACAGACUACGAAGAGAUGUGGUUCGAUCCGCCGCCAAAGACGACGGGCGGGAACAAGGCGCUGUGCGUGGUGCUCGUGAUGGAGGACGAGGACAAGGGGAAGAAGGGCAUGUUUGUCAGGCUCGGGGAGUGGGCGCAGGUAUUUGUGAGAGACGGGGCGGGUGAGGGGGAUCUUGUGGCGGAGAGGUGGGAGUGGCGAGACGACGAUGGGAAGGGAUGGAGGAGGAGAGUGAGGCUGGGAGAUGGGGGGAGGAAGUUGCCGUGUGAGGAGGUGUUGGGAGCGGCGGAUGUCGAGGUUGGUGGUGAGUUUGGCGUUGGGGACGAGGUUUGGAGAGUCGUGGAGGCGACGGAAGUGUAG